UCGUGUUGUCUAAUAAUAAACGUCAUAAGUGAUAUUUGACAGCAUCAUUAUUGCGAUUUCUACAUAAAAACAUUUUUAAUUAGAUUGCAGAGUGGUAUAACAAGUCGUUUGUUUUAAAAUAACAAGAUCUUUAGUUCUCUAGCAUCCAUACUAAUGUGGGGUUAACAUUUAAUUACGAAUAAUAUUUUGUUCUUAAAUAAUCGACACAAUUGUUGUUCCGGUGGAUUAUAUGUAUUGAUCAAUUAUUAAUAGUUUUUACUGUAUUUUACAGUUUUAGAUUUAUCUGCUUCCAGAUUUUUGAAAAUAUGAUUACUUUAAGAGGAAAAUUGAAAAAGGAGAGUGACAUAGCAAAUUCAAAAAAUAAAGACUAUAAUAAACGCGUUUCAAUACGCGAUAAAUUAUUAAUCAAAGAGGUACAAGAAAUGGAACAUACCUUACCUAGUACAUGUCAGGUUAAAUUUCAUGAUCCUCAUUGUCUACACGAAUUUAUACUUUUGAUUGUUCCUGAUGAAGGGUACUGGAUUGGAGGCAGAUUUUAUUUUCAGAUUUAUAUAUCCGAAGAUUAUAACAUGGCUCCUCCAAAAGUCAAGUGCUUGACAAAGCUAUGGCAUCCAAAUAUAAGCGAAGAUGGUGAUGUAUGUCUUUCAAUAUUAAGACAAAGUAGUAUAGAUGGAAUGGGUUGGGCACCGACCCGAAAGCUUAAGGAUGUUGUAUGGGGUUUGAAUUCUCUUUUUACUGAUCUUUUAAAUUUUGAUGAUCCUUUGAAUAGAGAGGCAGCUGAUUUAUUUAUAAAAGAUAAGGAAUCUUUUAGAAGUAGGGUAAAAGAUUAUGUUAUGCAGUAUGCAAAAAGAUGAUUUAAAUUAAUGAACAAUUCUACGACAGUGUAAAUGUACAUUUAUGAAAUUAGCUUUUUAUUUUAACAAAAACAUGAAAUUUAAAUACCUUUUUUUUUUAUUUAAUAUUUUUUGCUACUAGUCCUCUUAUUCUAAAGAGAUUGUAUUUGUUACCAUCAUUUUUGUUUUUGUAUUCAUGUGCAGCUUUUGAUUGUUAUAUUACUUCAUUCUAGUUGAGAUAAAAUUUAUGUUAAUAAUGGUAAAAGGAAUGAGGACAAAAGAAUGUGUCUUGUGUACAAUAUACUUACCUUCUUUAUAGAGCAUUGUAAUGAUGGAAGAUCAUAAUUUGUAAAUAAAUUACAUAUUUAAUAAUAAAA